UGAUUUUGUCUGCCAAAGUAUCCGAGGACAUAUUGCUCUCUCGUGCGCAUUUCCGAUAAACAAAAAUUACUACUCCAACAUUGGUGUAGCGACCUUUACUGAAGUAGUACGCAAGUAAUAUCAUCAAUCAACUAUGCAAACUCUCCUUCUGCCGGCUGCUCGCUCCGGCACCGCACCGCUAGCGCCGCCGACUUCAGUGGUGUAUUCAAACCCCUCACUGCCUCACCUCCUCCUCCUAUCCCACCAAUCGAGCCUCCACUUGGCACCACUUUCUCUCUCAUUCUCUAAACUUCUCAAAACCCACCAACCUCUGUUUUCACCACAAUUAUCCACUUUCGAUAACAGAUUAUUCAAAACCCUCGCCUCCGGCACUGUAUCUACUCCUUAUCCAGCCCCCAAUGACGACGCUGAAAAGGCCAAGCUUGCUCAGGUUGCGAAGAGAUUAGAGAGUACAUCAAGAUAUUUCAAAAGAUUGGGAGGUUUAGGAUUUUGGGGGCAGCUUGUUUGUACAGUGGUUGCGGCUGUGAUCCUAUCAUUUUCAGUUGUUAUUACCGGGAAGAUCACAUCACCUGCGACGUUUUAUGCAACAGGUGGAGGAAUUGCAGCUGCUUUCAUUUCUGUUUUCUGGUCUUUUGGCUACAUUCGUCUCUCUGAAAAGCUUCGGAAGACUGCCAAUGAUCCUUCCAAGGCUCCUCCACGUGCUGAUGUCGUUAAAAGUUUGAAAAAUGGUAUAGUUGUGAACCUUCUGGGAAUGGGUGCGGCAAUACUUGGCAUGCAAGCCACUGUAGGAUUGCUGGUUGCCAAGGCUCUCACCACAUCAGCUAAUCCUUAUUAUCAGGGUGUCGCUCCUGGAAGCAGUCCUGUUCUUGCAUUGGAUGUGUUCUUGGUACAGGCAUCUGCAAAUACUAUCCUUUCACAUUUUCUGGGCCUUGUAUUCUCGCUUGAAUUGUUGCGGUCAGUCACCCUGCCGCCUUCAGAAAGCAUUCCAGUUUUCAAGGCUGCAUGAACUCCAACUAGAAGCUGAUCAAAAUACUUUGAUAAUAGUUAAAUCAUCUUUUGCUAGCGUUUUUGUAGCGUGCUUUUAAUGCUGUACUGUAACUUGACAUGUAUCAUGUUUUGGUACAACACCGUUAAAGAGGCCAUUGACUUUCUAGUACGUUUGCAUAAAGAGAUUAACAUAUUCAGCAUUUCUGGUGUUCUCUCUGUGUCAUGGAAACAUAGAAAUUUCGAGUCGGGUGCAUUUGUUUUCAAAGAAAAUUGACCAUUUGUGCUUGAUUAUGGAAGUGAUGCUGGUUUUGUCA